UGGAAAGCUUGAAAUCAAUAGCAGUUCCCAUUCGUUUAUUUUCACGUAAGGUUUACGUUACUUGGAGAAGAAAAAAAUGGCUGAAAGUAAGGGAGCAUCGUUUUCGGGAACUUCGGGGCCGCCUGUCCAAUCGUCGGCUAACCAAGGCUACAAGAUGGCAAUGGCUCCGUAUCAAAGAGAAUCCCCGGAAUUCAAAUAUUGUGAAGAAGUGUCUAAAUAUGACAAACUGGCGAAGAUAGGUCAGGGUACAUUUGGGGAGGUGUUUAAGGCAAAGCACAAAAAGAACAAGAACAUUGUGGCCUUAAAGAAGGUGCUAAUGGAGAAUGAGAAAGAGGGGUUUCCUAUCACAGCUCUUAGAGAGAUAAGAAUUCUACAGCUUCUUCGACAUGAAAACGUAGUUCCGCUCUAUGAGAUUUGCAGGACCAAAGCUACCGCAUAUAACCGGUACAAAGGAAGCAUUUAUCUAGUGUUUGAAUUCUGUGAGCAUGACCUGGCCGGGCUACUGAGCAACACCAACGUCAAGUUCUCUCUGGGAGAAAUCAAGUCCGUCAUCAAGCAGCUCCUGAAUGGGCUGUACUACAUACACAGCAACAAGGUACUACACAGGGACAUGAAAGCGGCUAAUAUUCUCAUCACGAAGGCCGGCGUGCUCAAGCUGGCCGACUUUGGGCUUGCCCGAGCAUUCAGUCUACCCAAGGGCGAUGCGCCGAACCGCUACACGAACCGGGUGGUGACGCUUUGGUACCGCCCACCCGAACUGUUGCUGGGCGAGCGUAACUACGGACCUGCGAUUGACCUGUGGGGGGCGGGCUGCAUCAUGGCGGAGAUGUGGACGAGAAGUCCCAUCAUGCAAGGCAACACGGAGCAACAUCAGCUGACGCUCAUCAGUCACCUGUGCGGUUCGAUCACGUCCGCCGUUUGGCCGGGACUCGAGAAGCUUGAACUCUCCAACACCCUGGAACUCCCGAAGGGUCACAAGCGAAAGGUCAAAGAUCGCCUGCGGAGCUACGUCAAGGACCAACAGGCCUUGGAUCUCAUCGACAAACUCCUGAAUAUUGAUCCCAAACGGAGGAUGGACGCGGCUAUCGCCUUGGAUCACGACUUCUUCUGGUCGGAUCCGAUGCCGUGUAGCUUGGAGAGGAUGCUCUCCACGCAUACCCAAUCUAUGUUUGAGUACCUGACCCCGCGGAGGCGACAGCAGCAUCCUGCCGCUGCCGCUGCCGCUAACCAUCGUAAUCCCCACCAUGCGAAUCCACCAAACAGACCAUCAACGGCUGCACCAGAUCAAAACUUUGACAGGGUCUUCUAAAACUACAGCACUGACAGAAAAGAGACUGUUUUAUAUUUAUUUAAUUUGCAAAAAUUAUUGAUCCUAAUCAUCAUCAUUCUUUACAUAAAAUGGAAAAGACUCUGCUUUUGAAUGUGAGAGCUUGUUUCUUCAUGUUUAUGCUUAUGUUUUUGUAUAUGUGACAUGUGGGAAGUGAUGUUUGUUCAAUCUGCUAUGUACAGUACAUGUACAGGUAUGUUCAUUUUUCUGUUGCAACCAUGCUUAAAGGUCGGGUGACAUCCAAAUAUAAGUCGAUUCCUGUUGAUGUGCAGGGCCGUUAUUCAAACAU